CAAAUCCCUCCCACUACGGCAAAAAACCGAGAAGAACGCCGCGAUGUUAGCUCGCGCUUACAUGUUUAAAUUUUAGUUAAGUGCAUUUCAGGAGAGACGCUACUUUGUCUUUUUUUAUUAUUAUUAUUUGGCUUUCCGCGUAACUAAGAAACGCAUCUUGAGUGUAAAUAAUAGAAAACCACUUCCGGGCAAUGCUACUAUGAAUGCUGCAUACGUUUAUUUUUCCUGAACUGAUUUGACUUUUUCUUUCUGCCUGUAUUUUCAUUUUUGUCGAGGAACCCGUUCAUUAAGCAGGCUAUCUUUACUCGUUUCAUCUUCCAGUAUUGAAUAGCGACAAUGUUCCAGAUUGUAAGAAAGUUUGUUUUCAGCGAUGUGUGCUGCGUGGGUGCAGACAACGAGAAGAGGUAUGAUGAUCUCUUUGCAAAGCUGGAUACCAACAAAGAUGGAAAAGUGGACAUCAAUGAGCUGAGACAGGGCCUGAAAGCGAUGGGCUUGGGUCUUGGUGAAGGAGCUGCACUGAAAAUAGUUUCCGCUGGAGACAGUGAUGACGAUGGAGAGCUGGACAUUUCCGAAUUUUCAGAGUAUCUCAGAGACCAUGAAAAAAAACUGAUGUUGACCUUCAAGAGCUUGGACAAAAAUAAUGAUGGUCGUAUUGAUGCUUCGGAGAUUAGGGAGUCGCUUUCCAAACUGGGGGUCAAAUUAAGUGAAGAGCAUGCACAGAAGAUUCUUUCAAGUAUUGAUGCUGAUGGGACCAUGACAGUUGACUGGAAUGAGUGGCGUGCCCACUUUCUCUUGAACCCGGCCACCAACAUCGAAGAGAUCAUCCGCUUCUGGAAGAAGUCCUCAGUAUUGGAUAUCGGGGACAGUCUUUCGAUCCCUGAUGAAUUCACGGAGGAUGAGAAGAAGACCGGGAUGUGGUGGAAACAACUGAUGGCAGGAGCGAUGGCAGGAGCAGUCUCUCGAACGGGGACAGCUCCCCUUGAUCGAAUGAAAGUCUUCAUGCAGGUGCACUCUUCCAAGACCAACAAAAUAAGCAUUUCUAGUGGAUUCAAGCAAAUGGUAAAAGAAGGAGGGAUCCGGUCACUCUGGCGAGGAAAUGGAGUGAAUGUUCUUAAGAUCGCCCCUGAGACAGCAAUUAAAUUCUGGGCUUAUGAACAGUACAAAAAGCUCAUUGCAUCAGAGGGAGGGACAGUUAAACCACAUGAGAGGUUCAUUGCUGGAUCCCUUGCUGGAGCAACAGCACAAACUGUCAUCUAUCCCAUGGAGGUCAUGAAGACCAGGCUGACCCUGGGAAAGACUGGGCAGUAUUCUGGAAUGUUGAAUUGCGGGAAGAAGAUUCUGCAGAGAGAAGGUGUGAAAGCCUUCUACAAAGGCUACAUCCCCAACAUAUUGGGAAUCAUCCCUUAUGCAGGCAUUGACCUAGCUGUUUACGAGAGCUUGAAGAAUUACUGGCUGACACAUUAUGCCACAGACUCUCCAAACCCAGGAAUACUUGUUCUACUGGCCUGUGGGACCAUUUCCAGCACUUGUGGACAACUAGCUAGCUACCCUCUUGCCCUGAUCAGGACUCGCAUGCAAGCACAAGCAUCUGUGGAAGGUUCCCCACAGCUUUCUAUGGUCAACCUUACUAAGAGAAUUGUUUCCAAUGAUGGCUUUUUUGGACUAUACAGGGGUAUAGCCCCUAACUUCAUGAAGGUUAUUCCUGCUGUAAGCAUUAGUUACGUGGUGUAUGAAUACUCAAAGACAGGUUUGGGGCUCUCUUCUAAAUAAACACAACAGACCGCAUCUAUCGAUAAUUGAUGACAAACCCUCCCAAGAAAAGGCUUAAGGUGUAAGAUCUGCCCCAACAACUCUCAUUUUGGAGACAAAGGUGUGAUGUUGUGUUUUUUUUUUUUGUUUUUUUUUUAUAAAUCUCAGACAAGAUAAGAUUAAGGUGCUAUUAAAGUCUGUAUUCAUCAAUUCUUAUAUUGUGGUAUUAUUAUUAUUAUUACUAUUAUUCAUUAAUCCAUUCCCUCUGCAAGGCAUGCCCAUUUGUCAAGCAGUAGAGUUCUACUUCAACCUAACCAUCUGGUGAUUGCUAGCAACAUGGAGUAAACCUUCACCUUCAGUUUUUUUUAGCUGCCUUAACACUAGAACUGCCGAGACCGCCGCACCCACAAAAUGUGCGGCUCCAUUUUAAAAUGGCUUCGAUAUGAAAAUGAAAAACAAACAAUUGGAAACAACUUAAUAUUUUUAUUUAUGAACAUCAUACAUAACAUUUUCAGAGCAGAAACACCUUAGUCACAUUGAAAAUUACGUUGUGCUUAUUUUUUUCAAAAAGAGCACAUAUACAUAUACAUAAACAUGGAAAUCUGUAAUUCUUUUAUUCCGUGUGCCAGUGCGCAGUGCGCAGUGCUGGCUGAAGGUUUAGGGGCAUGUGCCAGCUGGCUUUCGUGUCUCUUAUCAAAAUGUUUCUGCCGUAGAAUGAAGUCCCUCUGAGUGAUUGUGUUGCCGGUGCACUUCUUGUACAAAACCAAAGCGUUGACGGCUGCCAGGUCCAAUACAUUAUAAAAAUUUUUUUUUAAAAAAAAGCCACAGGCCACCUGCGAGCACCACCUUUGACAGAAUACAGCCGUGCCAUUUGAUCCAGUAUAUCCACGCCAUACUUCGUUGCGUUGUAAAAUGCAACAGUCUCUGGCUUUCGUUUAGCAUCCGUCCCAAUGGUCACUGCUUUGUGCAGAGAGCUUAGAAUAAGUACAUAUAUUUUUUUUACACCUGUACACACUCCCGUUCACUCCAGAACACAGCCGUUCUGCCUGAGGAGUGGAGUGGAGUGCUGGGGGGCUCGCACGGCUUGAGCUGUUGGUGGUAACUCUAUUCAGAGGACAGGCAGACGAGAAAAAAGUAGCGUAGCUAUAUCGCACUGUAUUGUGAUUCAAUUUUGUGAGAACUAAUAAUAAUAAUAAUAAUAAUAAUAAUAAUAAUAAUAAUAAUAAUAAUAAUAAUAUAUGAUGUGUAGAAUGACUUUCAUUAGUGUUUCAGCACUCGACAGGAGUAUAUAAUACGUUCUUUCACAAUGACUUUGAUUUUAUUACAAAGCCAGUCUAAAUUGUCGGCUAUAUUGUAUUGAUUUCAAUAUGCCGCAUAAACUGCGGGUCUGGCGGUUGAAGAAGCAAGUGCUUAUAAGGUAUUCAUUUUUACGAUUCCACAGCUGAAACAGUGUAUGUGUAUUCAAUUCAAAUAUUUAGUAACACUUAAGAAUGGACAUGCACGAGAUAUUCACAUACGCAGAGAUAUUUAAAUUUGAAUUGAAAAAGAUGUUCAAAAAGCGGCUAUGGUGGAGCUAGUGUUAACACACAGCCACUUUCUUUUUUUUUCCAGCUUCUUUUUUCCUGUGCUUUUGUUUAUUCUUAACAGUAAAAUGGUGUAAACAAUAUGGAAGUUAUUGUAAGAUGGCCAAGCUUGAAGUUUAAUUCAAAGGAUAAAAGGUAGAAAUGUUCUUUAUGCUGUAUCUACUCUAUAUCUGCAAACAUAAGAAUUUACUUUUGCCCGUUAUGGUAUUCAAAAAAAAAGUGUUAAGCCGCUCGUCUUGGGACAAUGUUUUGACAUUCCCAAUAUCAAGUAAAACGCAGGAGAAUUGCCUGAUUUAGAUUUAAGUCACAACCUUACGAAUAAUCACGUGAGGAGCAGUCAUUAUUAUUCUUAACAGUCUAGAAAACCAAAUGGAGUGUUUGAUGUAUGCAGGAAAUAUAGGAUUGGAUUAUUUUUUAACUUGUUUAGACUCACCAGAUGCCUUAUACUUGUGGGGCCUGACAAGCUACUAUUUUGUAACAUGUUUGGCAUAACAAAGAUUUACUGCAAGACAUGCACAUGUUCUGUUAUUAUUUUGAUACCAGACCUCUUGCAUGGCUUAUUGCAUGUCUCUUUUUGCUUCAAAUUGGUAUUCUUGCAAUAUAUAAAUACACACACACACAUUUUCUCAGGUGACGUCUGGGAUUGAAAAGAGCUAUACGUUGUUUUUUUUUGUUUUUUUUUUAAAUUCAGAGAAAUGUAUAAUGGAUAAUAGAAUAUAAUUGUUGUGAAAUGAUCUAUGAUCAAAUGUUUUGCAUCACCUAUAGAAUUAACAUUUUGUUACAUAAAUUUAAAUAAAACCUGCUGAAUAAUGUUACGUUAAUAUAUUGAUUUACAUACCAAUUUUUGUAAUUUUCCACUUCCUUAAUGAAAAACUGACAAAUUCAAAAAUGUGACAUUUUGAAAUCUAACAUGAAAUACUGUACUAUAAAUGCCGUUUCCAGUAGACGUUUGUGAUAUAAUUUUGUAGUUGCUUCGAUUACUGAUAAAUAAAAGAAAGGUCUAAAUGAUGUUCAUUUUAUAUAUUUUUUUAAAUUUAUUUUUUGUCUCAAUCCUAAAAUUCUAGGUGAUGCAUAACCUUUGGCCAUAGCUGUACACCCUAACAUUGUGUGAAGUUUAAAUGUAUAUUGUCUGUUGGUGGCAGCUACAACAUCUAUAUUCCAUCAGUUUCUGAAAUGUAGCUUUUUGUUUAAAUAUUGUUGUGGGCAUCUAUAUAUAUACUGUAUGUAUACUGUAUGGAAUGUACUUGUAAAAUGCAAUCUGGAAAAAAUAUUAAUAAAUGGGUGUCAAAAGAAAUAAUUUUGCAUAAAAAAGGACAAACAGAAUAGCAAAAAAAGUGGGAAUUGUCAGUUUACAAUAGUUACUGAAUUCAGAAGUAAUGCAAAUUACAAACAUUGUAUUCUUCAGUUUAAACAAUGUGUUCAUAUUUCUGAAGCAUAGAAAAUGUAGACAUGUUUUUAAAACGGCUAUCUAUCUAUCUAUCUAUCUCUAUCUAUCAUAUAUAUGUAUAUGUUAUGUUUCUUUUUUUUGUAUUUAAUGUGUUGUGUGAGUUUUAAUAAAUUAGUUUUUUUCAGCAA